UCGAAUAAGGGUGAAGAGUGUCCACGCACCACCUGAAGGCCUGACUUGAAAAAUAAUGUGCGAACUGUGCAGUUCUGCAGCCCGCAAUAUGGCUGUGGAGUUUGUAAAACUCCGCCACACCGAGAGUUUUGCGAUAAAGAAGACCUUCUCGCCGUCUCGUGCUAUCUAUUUAGCCUCAGAGAAGCACAUUGUAUUUCUGUUAAAUAUUUGAUCGGACCACAGAUUGGUGUGGGCCAUCAACCUCUCAAAGAGCCCGAUCGAUUAUUAUUGUCGUAAGCGUUAGCCGACAAGGCAAGUCUGACAGCUACGAAAUGACAACAACAUGGACUCAGACAUCUGAUGGCCACUACAUGCGGGCUAUAGGUGCAAAUGAACAUUUCAUCAAAUUCGUCGGGGAUCGUGCGCACCCAGCUGGCCGAGAGCAAUGGUCCGUCACUGUAACUGCCACAAUGAAGAUUCCGGACACUAUCUCGACAAUCAAAUACGCAGAGAUAUUACGGGAUGCAUGGAAGCUGCUCCGUUUUGAGCACCCAAAUAUAGCAUCGACAGCAGAAGAGCCUGAAGGCUUCGGUGCAGUAUUGCACUACGUCGUUCCAAACGCCGCGGAAUUGGAUGACUGGCUUAGUGAGACACUUUCGAUUGUAGAAGACUCUUCCUUAAGCCCAGAAGAUGUGAUUGCUACGCUGAAACCUCAAAAAUUCGUUUCCCUUCAUUUUCUUCCACAUCAUUCACAGAUUAUCCUUCACACGGCACAUUGGCGCAUAGACGGAUACGGUGCGUUUUACUUGUUGAACGCCUUCUUUUAUGCGAUCAAGGAAAUCCUGGAUAACAAUGGUUUACCAUCUCUUCCAUGGGGGAAUGAAACAGCCCGUCUGGUAGCGAGUCUUGAAACUGCCCUGGACUUACCAGAAGAGGACACCCAAGACGUAAUUGACGCUGCUAGACAGUAUAUCAAUACUCAAAUUCUCAUGAAGGAUUCUAUCGGAAUUCCUUACAUUGGGGAUGUAAACCAAAAGCCUGGAGGUACUCGAAGUGUUACCAUGGAAAUUGCCCAAGACCUGACGGAUAGCUUGGAGGUCGCCUCUAAGCAACACGGCGUUGGCCUAUUUUCGGCCUGCCAUGCGGCAUUAGCUGCUAUUCAUUUCUCCUCAUCAAGUACGCCGUCGAACGCAAUACAGCAUUAUGGCAGUACAAUUCGACUCAACAUGCGGCCGUAUCUUCUCCCACCAUACAAUACUUCAGCAGGAGCGUGCAGCAUCUAUACUGGUGGAUAUCGUUUGCAAGUGCCCUCCACUCAAUCGUUCAUUGAUACUGCCAAGCAGUACUGGCGAGAGUAUGAAGAAGGUGUUUCAGAGAUCUUUCUCCGAUCACGUCGACAAUUUGCUCUGAUUAUUCUAGAAGGUCUCCGCAAGGGCGUUCCUGUUGCCAACCCCCCUCCGAGCAAUAUUGAUAUCUCCAUAGUUGACAAUGCCGAAGCAAUUCUGAGUUCGACUUUGAAUACCAAAGCUGGCCCUUUGGAGAUCCUGAACGUUAACUUGGGAAUAGAAACACUUACGCGACAGCCGUACCUUUUUCUAUGGAAAUUUAGAGGGAAGUUGAAUCUGAGCUUGUGGUACAACGAGAAGUAUCAGGAUAGAAAAGUGGCGCUGGAGGCCCUUAAAAGUAUCUGCCAGGCUUUAACAAGAGGGCUAGGUCUCAAGACCCAAAGUGAAUGAGCAGUUUUCAU